AUGGCUGAGACGGAGGUCGAAGGCCGAGACGAGGAGGAGACCCAUUCAUCGUCGUUGUCGUCGCGGCCGUUGCCGUUCCACAGGCUUCUCAGCUACGCCGACGCAGUAGACUGGGCGCUGAUGGGGUUGGGAUCCGUGGGCGCUGUCGUUCAUGGCAUGGCUCAGCCCAUUGGCUAUCUCCUGCUCGGCAAAGCACUCGAAGCAUUUGGGAGCAACGUAGGUGACCAAACCGCCAUGGUUGAAGCGCUGAAGAAGGUGAUUCCGUAUGUGUGGUACAUGGCGGCUGCUACGCUUCCUGCAGGAAUGCUCGAGAUCUCAUGUUGGAUGUAUACCAGCGAGCGACAAGUAGCACGGUUGAGGUUGGCGUUUCUCAGAGCAGUUCUUCACCAGGAUAUCGAAGCCUUUGACACAGAGUUAACCACCGCUAAGGUCAUGGCAGGAGCAACACACCACAUGAGCACCAUACAGGACGCCAUUGGAGAGAAGUUGGGUCACUUCAUCUCCUGCUUCGCCACUUACUUUGCUGGUGUUGUGAUCGCCAUUGUUUGCUGUUGGGAAGUAGCUUUGCUCUCUUUGAUGGUGCUGCCCAUGAUCCUGGCCAUCGGAGCUACAUACACAAGAAAGAUGGAGAGUCUAUCGGCGUUGCGGAUGGCGUACUUGUCUGAGGCAACAUCAGUCGUAGAACAGACCUUAUCCCACAUCAAGACCGUGUUCUCUUUCGUUGGAGAGAGCUCCUCGUUGAAGUCCUUCACUCGGAACGUGAAGCAGCAGUACGCCAUGAGCAAAAAAGAAGCUGCAAUUAAGGGGCUGGGGUUGGGCUUGUUUCAGACCGUCACGUUCUGUUCUUGGGCUCUGGUUGUGUGGGUAGGCGCCGUCGUCGUGACCGCAGGAAGAGCAAACGGAGGCGAGACCUUGGCAGCUAUAAUGAGCAUCCUCUUUGGAGCCAUAUCGAUCACCUAUGCCGCACCAGACUUGCAGAUCUUUAACCAGGCAAAAGCUGCAGGAAGCGAGGUCUUCAAGGUGAUCGAAAGAAAGCCAAGGAUAAGUUACGAGACAAAAGGAGAAAAGCUAGAGAAGAUUGUCGGAGGAAUCGAGAUUAAUGGGGUGUCAUUUGCUUACCCAUCUCGUCAGGAUAAGCUUGUUCUGCAAGGCUUCUCAUUGUCCAUACCAGCAGGCAAAGUGUUUGCGUUGGUAGGUAGCAGUGGCUGCGGGAAGAGCACUCUCCUCUCCCUUGUCCAAAGGUUCUACGAUCCAAUUUCAGGUGGGAUUUCCAUUGAUGGCCACAGCAUCAAGGACCUGGAUCUUGAGUUCCUCAGGAGAAACGUAGCAGCUGUGCCACAGGAACCAUCGCUGUUUUCAGGCACAAUUAAGGAUAACUUGAAGGUUGGGAACUCGGAAGCAACCGAUGAAGAGAUACUGAAAGCAGCAUCAGCAGCCAAUGCAGACUCAUUCAUAUCUCUGCUUCCUGACAAAUACUCAACCUGGCGAGAGCUGACAGAAUCGAUUCAGGUAGGAGAGAGGCAAGUGCAACUCUCAGGUGGCCAGAAGCAAAGAAUAGCUAUUGCACGAGCAAUUCUGAAAGAUUCUCCCAUUCUUCUUCUUGACGAGCCAACGAGUGCGCUUGAUUCAGAGUCAGAAAAGCUGGUUCAAGAAGCCUUGGAGAAAGUGAUGCAAAGAAGAACCGUCAUCAUCGUCGCCCACAGAGCAUCGACUGUGACCAAUGCAGACACCAUUGUUGUCGUUGAAGAAGGAAGAGUGGCACAAAGUGGAAGUCACAGUGACUUGCUAGUAAGCAGCACCUUCUAUAAUAACCUGUUUCACAUGCAUUACAUGAAUCCAGAGAUGGGAGAGACCCAAUCAAGGAAUACCACAACAGAGAUCAUUCAACACACACCAGCUUCUGAAGAACUCAAGGAACCAAAGAACCAGCCAAGUGAUCCUCCCAUAGGACGAACGCAAACCUCAAAGAGCAGAACUGCUAAUUUCUCUAGAAUAUGGUUUAGGCUGAACAAGUUUGAGCUUGCAAAGACUGCUUUGGGCUCUCUUGCAGCAGCUGUCGCUGGUGUUUCGAAGCCAUUGUUCGGGUUCUUUAUCAUGACAAUUGGAGUAGCAUAUUACAAGAAGGACGCAAGGGAGACGGUAGGGAAGUACUCGAUAAUUUUCUGCGUCGUCGGUGUUCUUGCACUGGUUGCUCAUACAUUGCAACACUAUCACUAUGGUGUGGUUGGGGAGAAAGCCAUGGGAAACCUCAGAGAAGCCCUUUUCUCAGCUGUUCUUCGUAACGAAGUAGCUUGGUUUGAGAAGCCUGAGAACGGUGUGGGACUGCUUGCAACACGCAUUGUUAGUGACACUUGCGUGAUCAAAACCAUCAUAUCAGAUCGAAUGUCUGUCAUCGUGCAAUGCAUCUCUUCGAUUCUUAUAGCGACAACCGUAAGCAUGAUCGUGAACUGGAGAAUGGGGCUGGUCGCCUGGGCUCUCAUGCCCUGUCACUUCAUCGGCGGCCUGAUACAAUCCAAAUCAGCCAAAGGUUUCUCCGGUGACUCUGCUUUGGCUCACCAACAACUCGCUGUUCUUGCAUCGGAAUCCGCGAGCAACAUCAGAACCGUGGCCGCCUUCGUCCACGAAGAGCAAAUGAUUACGAAGGCCAAACUUUCGUUGGAGGAGCCAAUGAGGAUUGGCAGGUUGCAGAGCAUCAAGUACGGGAUGAUUCAAGGCACGUCGCUGUUUCUUUGGAAUGUUGCACACGCAGUUGCCUUGUGGUACACCACAAUUCUGGUCGAUAAGAAUCAAUCCAGCUUCGAGGAUGGUAUAAGGUCGUACCAGAUCUUCUCGCUCACAGUUCCUUCCAUCACUGAGCUGUGGACUCUGAUACCGACAGUCGUUUCCGCCAUCAGCAUACUGAAGCCUGCAUUCGACAUCCUUGAUCGGGAAACUCGAAUCCUACCAGAUGUUCCAGAUGAAGUGAACUCUGAGAGAAUAUUAGGCGGAAUCGAAUUCGAGUGCAUCAGGUUUUCCUACCCAUCCCGUCCCCAAGUGGUCGUACUCGAUAGCUUCGUCUUAACGGUUGAAGCUGGAUCAUCUGUGGCGCUUGUUGGGCCUAGCGGAGCAGGGAAGUCCUCUGUUUUGGCACUCCUCAUGAGGUUCUACGAUCCUGCCCAAGGAAGAAUUCUGAUCGAUAGGAAGGACAUAAGAGAAUACAACCUGCGUUGGUUGAGGCAGCAGAUAGGUUUUGUGCAGCAAGAACCACUUCUCUUCAGCUCCACCAUAAGAGAGAACAUCUGCUACGGGAACGAAGGUGCGUCAGAGGCCGAGACCGUAGAGGCUGCAACGGAAGCAAACAUCCAUGAGUUCAUAAGCAGCUUGCCGGAUGGAUACGACACCAUGGUGGGGGAGAAAGGCUGCCAAGUAUCGGGUGGACAGAAGCAGCGGAUCGCCAUAGCGAGAACUCUGCUAAAAAGGCCGGUGAUUCUGCUGCUGGAUGAAGCCACCAGCGCACUGGAUGCUGAAACUGAGAGAACCAUCAUGCGAGCUUUGGGAUCGAGCAAGUGGAGGAGACGAGAAGACACUUCAUGCGGAAUCACCAGAGUGACAGUUGCUCAUAGGCUUUCUACGGUGAUCAGUUCAGAUACCAUUGUGGUGAUGGAGAAGGGUAAGGUGGUUGAGAUGGGUAGCCAUUCCACAUUGAUUGGAGAAGCUGAUGGUGUUUAUUCGAAGCUUUUCCAUCUCCAGAACCAGUAGAAUUGACCAACUUCCAUUGACAUACCAAAAGAAUACAUAGGAAAAGAAACUUUCAUCAACGUUCCCUCUCGGGGAUUGUGAUGAUUUUAAUUGAGUCUUUUCUCCCUUUCUCCUCAUGAGU